CAUUCUGGGGUCUGAUGGUGGGGCUGGUGGUCGGUGUGUGUCGGAUGGUUCUAGAAUUUGCAUUCCCACCUCCUCGCUGUGGUAUCCAAGACGACGCCCCGUCAGUGCUGCGCUCCGUUCACUACCUUCACUUCGCCAUCAUCCUCUGCUUCCUGUCUGCUGCCGUUGUCAUAGUGAUAUCACUGCUGACUCCGCCCCCCACUGAAGAGCAGGUUCUGCUCCGGUGCGGAGGGCGGUCUGCGGCCGCGGGGCGGGGCUCUGCAGCUCAGCGGAGGGGCCAGCAGAGGAGGUUCCGUUACCCAGAAUCCCCAGCGUUAGAGAGAGUGUGUUUUGGUCUCGCUUCUGCUGCGUCAAUGCCAUUCUGCUGAUCUGUGUUAAUAUAUUCCUCUACGCUUACUUCGCCUGACCUCUGACCUCUAACUGCUGUCCCAGUAGGAUACUUCCUGUGGGUGUUUUCAUCUCUACGUAAAUCAAUGUUCUUAUGGUUCUAGAAGAUGUAUCGUUCUAGAAUGUUACGGACCUGUGAUGUCACAGUGGGUAGGGUCCUAUUUAGUGUAUUGUAUAUGGACCUCUGAUUGGUCAAUAUUGUGUCCUUGUGUAAAUGAGAUUCAUGAAUAAACACGUGGCCACGUCUUGUAAUCUA